GCCUGGCCAGGCAGUGGUCAGGGCCCUUUAAGCCGGGCCUCACUCCUCAGUUUGUUGCUAUGUAUGGGACCAACCUCCUUAGCAACCACCUGGCCUCUUAAAGGGGCCUGAGCUGAGGCUGCCAGCAGCCAUGGCUCCUAAAAAGAAGGCAAACAAGGGGGCUAAGGAUCGUGAGGUCAGGAAGAAGAAAGGGGGCAAGAAGGAUUCCAUCACGCCCAUGGAAAUGCCCUUAAGCAAGGAGACGCGGGAGUUCUACCACAUCCAGAUCCGAGACCUGGAGGACAGGCUGGCCCGGUACCAGCUGAAGUGGGACGAACUGGCCGUGCAGGAGAAGCUCUUCCGCCAGGAGUUUGAGCAGCUGGCCACCAACAAGAAGGAGAUCGUGGCCUUCCUCAAGCGCACGCUCAACCAGCGGGUGGACGAGAUCACCGACCUCAACGAGCAGCUCCAAAACCUGCAGCUGGCCAAGGAGCUGGAGAAGGACGCCUUCGAGGCACAGCUGGCCCAGGUGCGCCACGAGUUCCAGGAGACCAAGGACCAGCUCACCGCGGAGAACAUCGUCCUGGGUGGGAAGCUGGCCGCCCUGGAGGAGUUCCGGCUGCAGAAAGAGGAGCUGUCCGACAAGUUCACGACCCUGGAGGAGCACCUGCGUAAGCAGGAGACCGAACACAAGGACUAUAUAUACAACCUGGAGAAGAAGUCGGUGCUGGACAAGGACAGACUGAGGAAGGAGAUCAUCCAGCGUGUGAACCUGGUGGCCACUGAGUUCCGCAAGGUGGCUACGAGCCAGAUGUGGGAGACAACCAGGCGGGCCAUCACGGAGAACAACACCAUGACCCUGCAGCUGUCCAAGAUCUCGCAGCACGGCGUGCAGCUGCUGCAGGAGAACGAGAGUCUUAAGGGUAGCCAGGACCAGCUGUGCAAACAGCUGGAGCUACUGGAGAGCUCAGAGAAGGCCAUGGCCAGGCACCUCAGAGGCCACCAGAAGAUCAUCCUCAUGCUGACUGAGAAGUGCAAAGAGCAGCAGGUAAACACAGCAGAGGCCCAGCGCCUGUGCCUCCUGCUGAGCCAGCAGGAGCAGCGCCUCCAGCAGCUACAGAAGGACAACCAGGAGCUGAGGUGCGGCCCCGGGGGGCUGGGGGAGAGGCAGGGGCAAGUUGGAGACCAGCCCUUUCUGGCCACCACAGCUACCAACCCCUCCGGAGGGGCUGAGGCACUAUUGUCAUAUGGAGGCCGUGGGCUGACUCCUCCUGCUCCUGAGCUCAGGAGCCAGAAAGACCAGCUGAACCUGCUGCUGAAGCGGCAGCAGACCAAGGCGCAGCGGCUACAGCACAAGCUGACCAGAGAGCAGAAGGCACGGGCAGGCCUGGAGACGGCCCUGGUCCACAGCACCGCCUUCCUUCAUCACAUUCUACAGAUGCAGCCCAGUGACGAGGACGACGACGACGUGGGCCUGGUGUUCCAGCUGCAGUGCAAGGAGAUGCUGCAGCAGCUGCUGGCCAUGCUCCGCUCGGCCACCGCCUUGAGCCCCUCGAUGGCUCUCGCGCCCAGCGAGGAGAGUCAGUACUGUGACCCGUGCCAGGAGAGCAGCUCCGCAGCCCUGUUCUCCUUGAUGGGGUCUCCGGCGCAGCAACAGUCCAUGGUCACCCCCGACAAGCCCAAGGACCUGGCGCUUCGACGGGUCAUGAUCUCACCCAACCCUGAGGACCUCAGGCGGCUCUCACACACCACACGCAUGAGAACAUUCCGGACAAACAGCAGCCCCGCGGUGAGGGUGCCAGCACCCCCAGGGACAGCAAGACAGCGGUCAGCCCUGGGGAUAGCAAGGCUCUGCCCCCACGGAGCUGCGAGGCCCCGGGGGUGUGGUUAGACCUCUCGAAACCCCCCUUUGCCAUCUGCAAGAUGGAUGGAAGAACAGGCCUCUGGGGGUCAAGGCAAGCUCACACAUCCCCUGGGAUGGGCUUGCUGGGCUCCGAUGACCCCCCUCUACAGGCUGGGGAGGGUGCAAACCCCCAAGAAGGCCUCCCCUUCCCAGUUUGCAUCUUUAACCUUACAGGUGCACAGCUCUGAUGCUCCAAAAAAAUUCAAGAAGUUUAGCC